GCCAUCGACAUUCCAGGCAGGAGAAUAUGGGCCAGUGUACAAGUCAUUCUAUGAAGAAAGACGAGCUUGAAGAAUAUCAGGUUCUGAUGUUUCUCACCAAGGGAGAAAUCCUACGUAUCCACGAUGCUUUCUGUAACUCGUGUCCCCAAGGAAAGGAUUACAGACAAGCGAAACUCACCACGGAGCAGUUGUGCACCUGGCCGCAGCUGAAGGUCAAUCCCUUCAAGGACAGGAUCUGCAAGGUGUUCUCCACGGAUGGCUACUUCACCUUUGAGGACAUCCUGGGGAUGGCGUCUGUCUUCAGCGACCUGGCCUGUCCCAGCCUGAAGAUCGAGUAUGCUUUCCGGAUCUACGAUUUCAACGACGAUGGCUUUAUCGAUGAAGAUGACCUCCAAAGUGUUAUCCGCAGAAUGCUCAACGGAAAAAGUCUCAGCGAAGAAGAGACUGUGUCCCUGGCCAGCCAUAUUCUGGAGGAGGCCGACCUGGAUAACGACGGGAUGCUGUCCCUGGCAGAGUUUGAACACGCCAUGGCCAAGUCUCCGGACUUCCUACACUCCUUUAGGAUCUGCUUCUGAGGAAGGGGCAGGACGACAGCCGGACACAAGAUGCGGGCAGCUUGUGAGCAAAGAGGUCCUUCCCGAGACCCCCUCCUCCAGCAGCCUCCAGCAUGGAUGUUGAGGGAGGGAAACCACACAGCCUAUGUAUUUUUCAGCAGAAGUGGGAAUAAAAAGGAAAGGGGAAGGAGAGCA